AUACGUCCGACGCAUAAAACGCUCGCCCACCUAACGAGCUUUCCGCCAGGCUGGGGACUACAGACAACCUGGUGAGCACUGGUCAACUAUUCGCCCCCACACUUGAUCACGAAUCGUGUCAGAGUAGAUUGAUUCACCAGACGCCUUACGGUAACAAGCUAUGGCCGCUAGAUUCCCGGCAAGACAGACCCACACCCACGAGGAAGCUCCAGUCUUAGUGCAAUCCCUUAUACCAAUUCGCUGGCACGGGUUUGGGGGACAUAAGUUGGCUAUUGAGGAUUUUGUCUUCUUGCACGACAACAUUCACAUCGUGAGCGCUUCAGACGAUGGCACGAUGCGGAAAUGGAACCGCAACACAGGAGGUCAAGUCGGAGAACCAUGGAUAUGGAAGGGGGGAAGCAUACAUGCACUGGCGUUGUCACUGGAUGGCAAGACGAUUGCAUGCGGGAGGAACGACGGAAAUGUUCAGCGGUGGAAUUCCGACGGAAAGAUAAUCAGUGUUUGGAUGGGUCACACCGAGCAGGUGCGGUCGCUCUCGUGGUCUCCCAGCGGAAGCCAUAUUGCCAGCGGGUCCUAUGAUGGAACAAUCCUCAUUCGAAGAGCUGAAAGUGGAAAAGUAGAGGUUGGCCCGAUCAAGACGAAGCAGAUCGCAGUGGAAUAUCUUGCCUAUUCACCUUCGGAAAAGAAAAUUGCAUCAGGCGGGUACAACAACACAAUUUGCAUAUGGGACAGCAAGACCGGCAAGCUUGUCCUCGGCCCCAUUGAAGACGUGGGGAACAGUACUGUGACGUCGUUGGUGUGGUCGCCGGACAGCAGGAAACUCUACUGCGCCUCGGACAAAUUCGCACGUGUUUUCGACAGCACUUCAGGCACGCUACUCCAUUGUUAUGAGACCGACAAUGUCCUGUAUUCGGUCGCACUUUCACCAACACACAAUGUUCUGGCAUGUGUAGGCGAUGAAGGUAUCGUGCAGCUAUGGGACACAGAGUCCCAUCAACCACUUGGCCCGCGAUUUUGCCAGGAUCGCGAAACCCUGUUCUCUGUGUCAUUCUCUCGAGAUGGGAGAUACCUAGCAUGUGGCGGAAACAGCAGGAGACUCAUUCUGUAUAUGGUCUCAGGCCUAGCUCUUCAUCUUCGGGCGCCCAUUUCUCAACAAGGUCACGGACAACUCACACAGCAGGAACCUCGGCUCAACCCACAGCAGGAAACUCUGCCCUCCCCACGGCAGGAAACUCGGUCCAACUCACAGCAGGGAACUCGACCCGAGUCCCCAUUAUCGUCUUAUCUCAGUGCUGAUGCUACGGGUAAUGAUGGUAUCAUUGAGGAGGGAAGCGAUGAUCCAUACCACAAUUUUUUUCAGUCUUCCCAACCAUCUCUUACUUCCACGGCAUCUGGUUCCCCUCAGCCUCUCAACCUGUCCUCAGCUCAACGAUUCUGGAACACUAUCUCUCGACGCCGCCCGCCAACAAGCAAGGCCGUCCCACAAGAGCGCCCAAAGCGCCAUUUCUUCACUCGUCGUGCUCACUCAAACUCACCACUGGAGCCAACAACCAUAAACCCUAAGCAACCAACACCAAAUGGGAAAGUCCGAGCAGGAGAAGAUAACAAGGAAGGUGACAAGGAUAAUGAUCCUUGUUCUGCGAACGAUCCGCUAGAAGCCAGAAAGGAUAAGUGCAAAGAGCGAGACGAGCCUCCUUCUGACAGCCAGAACCCACCGCUUGAUGAUUCACCCAAGCUCAACAAUACAAACAAGCGAAAACUCUGGAAACGGCUAACGCGCGCUCGAGGGAUGGAUCCCACUGACACCAAAAUCGCUCCAGCAGCGAAACGUCCCGAGGUCGUUGAGGUAUACGCUGUACGGGGGUUCCAGGGAUAUGUUGCAAUGAAGCGGGUACGCAAGACAGAGUUACCGACGGUGACGUGCAGUGCUCCUCUCCCUGCAACACACCCCAGUGCAUCGUCACAGCCGGGAUUAUCGUUGCAAGUGGUCUCUGUACAGGCAGGGCCAUCAUCGCAAGCCAUGGUUGGAAACAGCGCUCAAACUUUGCGAGCCGUUGGAGGUUCAUCAUCACACGCGUCUCCAUCACACUUUGUCACCAACUACCACACCAAUCACGACUCAGAUUCACGCUCAAGCAUCGAAGGCUCCUGUAACAGGUUCCUUGACAGGAUAUGUUUUCCCCGUGGACACUACUACAAAGAUUCUUAAUGUUGUCUGAAUUUUCGUAUGCGCUUAGUUUGCAUCCUUUGUUUUUUUCCCUCUGCUGAAGCCAAACUCAUCACGCAGCGUUCAUGCUUCACCACGUUGCCUAAGCUCUCGUAUGCUCAGCUUCAUAUCUACCUUAUGUACCAAUGGUUACCGUCGUCGCCAAUCCCGGUCCACCUUUUACACACGUUCUAUUAUGGACAUAUACCACUGUCGGCUGUAUUUUUGUAAAGCCAGAAGCACGGAGCGGUUGUUU